AUGGACAACGACAAAAUUCACAGUGGCGUUCUUGAGAAAGGGGAUGUGACAGAAGGAGAGUCCACUGAGCUAGGCUCUGUCCUCAAUGCAUCUGGCCAUUCUGAUCAGCUCACCCGACAAUAUGGCCUGGUCGGCCUCACGGGUAUCGCUGUUACUGUCAACAAUGCCUGGGUGGUUCUAGGCUCGUCGAUCUCAGUAUCGAUCCUGAGCGGAGGUAUCUCCGGAGUUAUAUACGGACUUAUAGUCGCUGUCUUCUACUACACAUUUAUUGGCUUAAGCUUGGCAGAGCUCUCGUCAUCCUGCCCAAGCUCUGGAGGUGUCUACCACUGGGCUACCAUAGCCGCCGGACCAAAGUGGGGACGAGUCACCGGCUUCUACGCAGGCUGGAUCAAUUUCUACGGCUGGAUGUUCGGGCUCGCAUCCUUAGUCCAAGUCGCCGCAAACGCAGGAGUCCAAUGCUACGCGACUCUCACACCAACCUUCUCCCCUGAAGCAUGGCACGUUUAUGUGGCAUAUCUCAUCGUGAUAUGGCUAAGUGCUUUCAUUGUCAUCUUCUCGAACCGCUUGGUACCUUAUACUCAGAAACUCGGGCUGUUUCUUGUCGUAGUUGGUGGUCUUGUGACUAUCGUCAUCGUCGCAGUCAUGCCUGAGAAACAUGCUUCGAGUGACUUUGUUUUCAACUCAUUUAGCGAGAAUAACCUUACGGGUUGGAACGAUGGAGUUGCGUUCAUGGUUGGAGUUCUUAACGGUGCUUUUACUAUUGGAACACUGGACGCCAUUACGCAUAUGGCUGAAGAAGCUGCCGAACCGAAGAAGGAUUUACCGAGAGCUAUCUUUCUAUACAUUGGCAUCGGCGGUGUCUAUGCCUUGGCCUUUGCCAUCGUUCUGGGAUUCGCUAUUUCCGACCUCUCAGUCCUGCAAGGAAACUCCAACACGUUUCCACUAGCUGGGAUAUAUCACCAAGCAACCGGAAGCUCAGCUGCGACAUUUGCGCUACUAUUCAUCAUCCUGAUUUCAUCUCUUUGCUGUGUCAUCGGAACUGUUCUAACGAAUUGUCGCACGUAUUGGACACUGGCUCGAGACCAAGCAGUUCCAUUUUCGAAGUACUUCAGCAAAGUCAACAGCAAACUCGGAACACCGGUCGAGUCAACUCUUUUCGUGGCGGUUAUUGCUUCGGGUAUUGGAGCUAUUCCUCUUGGAAGUCCUGUUGGUUUCAGCAACUUGACUGGAUCUUUCAUCAUCAUCACUACAGUUUCUUAUGCCAUUCCUAUCAUUUCAAAUCUUCUCAGCGGCCGUACACGGUUUUCUCCCGGACCUUUCCAUCUUGGAAAAUGGGGUUCCCUGAUCAAUGGAGUCACAAUUAUGCUGAUCAUCCUCUUCGACGUUUUCUUCUGCUUUCCCGUGGGAUUGCCGUUCGAUGUCACAACGAUGAACUAUAACUCACGUCUGCUUCGAAACACUACCCAGGCCCUUCUUUCCGCCAUACGGCUCACAUAA